AUGGGAGGGAAAGUAAAGAAAACAGAAAAGGAGAGGGACAGAGGCACAGAGGACUUCUCACACGGAGAACAACCAGGCAUGGGACUCCCCGACAUCCUUCACCUGCUCUUGCCCGUGAUGUUCCUGACAGGUCUAUGCUCCCCCUUUAACCUGGAUGUACACCGCCCACGCCUGUUCUCAGGGCCACCCGAGGCUGAAUUUGGAUACAGUGUCUUGCAACAUGUUGGGGGUGGACGUCGAUGGAUGCUGGUGGGUGCCCCCUGGGAUGGGCCUUCAGGCGACAGAAGGGGGGACGUUUAUCGCUGCCCCAUAGGGGGCUCCCACAGUGCCCCAUGUGCCAAGGGCCACUUGGGUGACUAUCCACUGGGAAAUUCAUCUCAUUCUGCUAUGAAUAUGCACCUCGGAAUGUCUCUACUAGAGACAGACAACGAUGGGGGAUUCAUGGCUUGUGCCCCUCUCUGGUCUCGUGCUUGUGGCUCCUCUGUCUUCAGCUCUGGGAUAUGUGCCCAUGUGGAUGCUUCGUUCCGGCCCCAGGGAAGCCUGGCACCCACUGCACAACGCUGUCCCACCUACAUGGAUGUUGUCAUCGUCUUGGAUGGCUCCAACAGUAUCUACCCCUGGUCUGAAGUUCAGACUUUCCUACGAAGACUGGUAGGGAGACUGUUUAUUGACCCGGAGCAGAUACAGGUGGGACUGGUACAGUAUGGGGAGAGCCCUGUGCACGAGUGGUCCCUGGGAGAUUUCCGAACCAAGGAGGAAGUGGUGAGGGCAGCCAGGAACCUGAGUCGGCGAGAGGGACGAGAAACAAAGACGGCCCAAGCAAUCCUGGUGGCCUGCACAGAAGGAUUCAGUCCAUCCCGCGGGGGCCGGCCAGAGGCGGCUAGGCUGCUGGUUGUUGUCACUGACGGAGAGUCACAUGAUGGAGAGGAACUUCCUGCAGCCCUAAAGGCUUGUGAGGCUGGGAGAGUGACCCGCUAUGGGAUUGCGGUCCUUGGCCACUACCUCCGGAGACAGCGAGACCCCAGCUCUUUCCUGCGGGAAAUCAGAACUAUUGCCAGUGAUCCAGAUGAGAGAUUCUUCUUCAACGUCACAGAUGAAGCUGUACUGACAGACAUUGUGGACGCGCUGGGAGACCGGAUUUUUGGGCUUGAGGGGUCCCGUGGAGAAAACGAAAGCUCUUUUGGGCUGGAAAUGUCUCAGAUUGGUUUCUCUACUCAUCGGUUGAAGGAUGGGAUUCUCUUUGGAAUGGUGGGGGCCUAUGACUGGGGGGGCUCUGUGUUAUGGCUUGAGGAAGGUCACCGCCUUUUCCCCCCACGGACGGCCCUGGAAGAUGAGUUCCCCCCUGCUUUGCAGAACCAUGCAGCCUACUUAGGUUACUCUGUUUCCUCCAUGCUUUUGCGGGGUGGACGCCGCCUCUUUCUCUCAGGGGCUCCUCGGUUUAGACAUAGAGGAAAGGUCAUCGCCUUCCAGCUUAAGAGAGAUGGGGCUGUGAGGGUUGCCCAGAGCCUCCAGGGGGAGCAGAUUGGCUCCUACUUUGGCAGUGAGCUCUGUCCAUUGGAUACGGACGGGGAUGGAACAACCAAUGUCUUACUUGUGGCUGCCCCCAUGUUCCUGGGACCCCAGAACAAGGAGACGGGCCGUGUUUAUGUGUAUCUGGUGGAUCAGCAGUCCUUGCUGACACUCCAGGGAACACUUCAGCCAGAACCCCCCCAGGAUGCUCGGUUUGGCUUUGCCAUGGGUGCCCUUCCUGAUCUGAACCAAGAUGGUUUUGCUGAUGUGGCUGUGGGGGCGCCCCUGGAGGACGGGCACCAUGGAGCACUGUACCUGUAUCACGGCGCCCAGAGUGGGAUCAGGCCCCGUCCCGCCCAGAGGAUUGCUGCUAUCUCCAUGCCACAGGCCCUCAGCUACUUCGGCCGGAGUGUGGAUGGCCGGCUGGAUCUGGAUGGAGAUGACCUGGUAGAUGUGGCUGUGGGUGCCCAAGGGGCAGCCGUUUUGCUUAGCUCCCGGCCCAUUGUCCACCUGGCCCCCUCCCUGGAGGUGACCCCUCCGGCCAUCAGUGUGGUUCAGAGGGACUGCAGCCGGCGAGGCCAGGAGGCAGCCUGCCUGUCUGCAGCCCUUUGCUUCCGAGUGACCUCUCGCACCCCUGGCCACUGGGAUCGCCGAUUCUAUUUGCGGUUCACAGCGUCACUGGACGAGUGGACCACAGGGGCUCGUGCUGUGUUUGACGGCUCAGGCCAGAGGCUGUCCCCUCGGAGGCUCCGGCUCAGUGUUGGGAACGUCACUUGUGAGCAGCUGCGCUUCCACGUGCUGGAUACCUCAGAUUACCUCCGGCCAGUGGCCUUGACUGUGACCUUUGCAUUGGACAACACCACGAAGCCAGGACCUGUGCUGGAUGAGGGCUCACCUACCUCUAUACGAAAGCUGGUUCCCUUCUCUAAGGACUGUGGCCCUGACAAUGAAUGUGUCACAGAUCUGGUGCUUCGUGCUGAUAUGGACAUCAGAGGCUCCAGGAAGGACCCUUUCGUGGUUCGAGGCGGUCGGCAGAAAGUGCUAGUAUCAGCAACUCUGGAGAACAGGAAGGAAAAUGCCUACAACACUAGCCUGAACCUGAGCUUCUCUAGAAACCUCCACCUGGCCAGUUUCACACCUCAGAGGGACAGCCCCGUGAAGGUGGAAUGCACAGCCCCUUCCCCUCAUGCCCGGCUCUGCAGUGUGGGGCACCCUGUCUUUCAGGCUGGAGCCAAGGUGACCUUUCUGCUGGAGUUCGAGUUUAGUUGCUCUUUCCUCCUGAGCCAGGUCCUCGUGAGGCUGACUGCCACCAGCAAUAGCCUGGAGAGAAACGGGACCCUUCAAGAUAACACAGCCCAGACCUCAGCCUACAUUCAUUACGAGCCCCGCCUCCUAUUCUCCAGUGAGUCCACUCUGCACCGCUAUGAGGUUCACCCAUAUGGGCCCCUCCCAGUGGGUCCCGAAUUCAAAACCACUCUUAGGGUUCAGAACCUUGGCUGCUAUGUGGUCAGUGGCCUCAUCAUCUCAGCCCUCCUUCCAGCUGUGGCCCAUGGGGGCAAUUACUUCCUGUCAUUGUCUCAGUUCAUCACCAACAAUGCAAGUUGCACAGUACAGAACCUGACCGAGCCCCCAGGACCCCUUGUGCACCCCGAGGAGUUUCAUCACACAAACAGACUGAAUGGGAGCAACACUCGGUGUCAAGUCGUGAGGUGCCAUCUUGGGCGGCUGGCAAAGGGGACUGAGGUCUCUGUUGGACUACUGAGGCUGGUUCACAAUGAGUUUUUCCGGAGGGCCAAAUUCAAGUCCCUGACGGUGGUCAGCACCUUUGAGCUGGGAGCUAAGGAGGGCAGUGUCCUACAGCUGCCUGAAGCCUCUCGUUGGAGUGAGAGCCUGCUGGAGGUGAUUCAGACCCGCCCUGUCCUCAUCUCCCUGUGGCUUCUCAUCGGCAGUGUCCUGGGAGGGCUGCUCUUGCUUGCUCUCCUUGUCUUCUGCCUUUGGAAGCUUGGCUUCUUUGCCCGUAAGAAAAUCCCUGAGGAAGAAAAAAGAGAAGAGAAAUUGGAGCAAUGAAUGUAGAAUAAAGCCCUAGAAAGUCCUCCUUGGCGGCUUCUCCAAAAGACUUGCAUAAGAGCUGAGGUUUGGGGGCUCGGACAAGAAGCUUCUAGACUGUCUCCCCAGACCUGCAGCCUGACUUGACUUUUGAGUCAUGAGGAUGCUGCUGGCAAGAGAUGAGGCCUUACCUCAGACCAGAGGGGCUGACACCAAAACCAGGAACACUCUCACCCUGUGCUUCCUCACCAUCCCGGUUCCACGGCCAACACCGGGGCCUUGGUUUGGGGCCCCAUUUCCCUUAUCCCAGGAAUCAAGAAUUUUUCGCCUAUGGACCCUGACUCCUUUCAGAUUCCCCCUAUAUCCUCCCUCAAAAUUGGAGAAGAUGGGGGCCAUUUUCCUCCAUUCCCCUGCCUCUCACCUUCCUGCCUGCUCCCCACUCCACAGGAGGGAGCCAAUGUUGGCUUCAAAAAGUAAAGUCAACAUCUGCUGCUUUCCUGUGGAGUCGGGUGAUUCAGAGCGCCGGAUGGGGAGAGUCAACAGGAAAAAAGGAGGGAGGAGGAAAAGCCACAAGAGACAUUCUGUACAAUUCCAAGGAACAGAGAAGCCUUUAGACGGGCAACUGCCAUCCCCCUGAAACCUGAGACUUUGUGGUGCGCUGGCCCGCCCUCAGGUGCCUGGGAAACUGAGCUGCCCCAGUCCUGCUGGGCCAGGGUUUCCCAACUCGCAGCCUUCCCUGGGAGCAAAGCCAGGGCCGGGUGCCCCCAGGUGGCUAGUCCUGGAAUAGCAGAAAAUGGUCCUGUUGUCGCGGUCAUGGCCAGUGGAGACAGCUGGGUCCCUAGGCAGUGUUUUCUCCUCUCUCGGACCUCACACACUCUUGAGCCCUCGUUGGGGCCUCCUUAUGGAAACCAGAGAGAAGGGAGAGGAUUUCUUCUUGAUGGUGGGAAUCCCUUUCACCAGCUUUGGGAUGCAGCCACUCCGUGGGGUCCAAACGAGUCAGGCCUGCAUUAACCAAGAAGCCCAAGUGGGUGGCAGGAGGUCUCUGGGGAGCAAGCCCUUCCUUGCUCAGCACUGGUUAUGUAGCACCAAUAGCCACAUGUUUCUGGGGCAACUGCAGUCAUUCCUGUAGGGCUUCUCUGGUGGAAUCAGUUUGCCAGCCCUUGCCUGAUAUCUACCGGAAAUUCCCAAUUUCCGUCUCUGGGCCACCCCACCAUUUUUUGUGGUCAUGGCCAGUAGAGAUAAUUAGAUUCUCACCAACUACUGGGUGACUUAUAUUUCUUUGUAAUCAAAGAAAUUGUUACUGGUCUCCAAGGUGCGGCUCUGACAGCCAUUUGAAGAAUCAGCACCCAUUGAGAGCUGAGAAGAGAGGAGACCUGAUUGGGCCGUUGACAAGCAGCCACAGAACUUGUCCUCCAGGGCUGUUCUCGAGGCCUGGCCUCAAUGUUUAUUUUGGCAUGUUUCCGGCCUUUUGCACAGGGCUUUGUCUCUGUUUCCCAGCAGGGUGAACAGUAUAUCAGAUGGUCAGAACAAAUAAAGUUCAGUGUCAAAUGACUUCUGGUUCUCUUUGAGUUCCCUAGGAUAUGGACUGCUCAGGAAUGGUGAGAGGUAGAUUCUUGGACCACCCGAGACCUUAUACAGUUGAGUUCCUGGAAGGCAAAGUUAUGACAUACUUGAAAUAUUUUCUGUGACUCUCCCACUGGAGAUGCAUUCUAGCCUCCUGCAGUCCUUACCUUACAUAUGUGAUUAUAGAGUAUAAAAUGUGUAGGUUGGUAGGCACACAGGCCUAGAUUGAAACCCUGGGUCUGCCAUUAUUAGCUGUGUGGCCUCAAGCCAGUCGUAACUACUCUGAGGCUCAGAUAACAGUAAGAUAACAGUACAGUGGUCGAGAAUGAAGACAGACUUGGCUUUAAAUCUCAGCUAUACCACUUAAAAGCUGUUUGACCUUGGACAGAUUUAACUUUGCUAAGUCUUGGCUUUCUUGUCUUUAGACUUACUAGGGUUGUGAGGACCAAAUGAGAUAAUCCAAGUAAAG